GAUUUUGUCAACAUCGACUGAGCUGAGCCGAGCAAGCUGAGCUGAGCAAGCCAGCGAAUAUGAAUGAUGUGACUGAUGGUCUGGCAAAAACAAUCGACUCUCUCUACAGCUAGAGCCAGCGCCAGGCAGGUCCUACCGGGCGGUACGCGGUAUAACCGGUAGGUAAGGUACCGCAUCCCGCUCCCGCGGCCCAAACAUGAUUAUGAUGUUCGCAGUUGCCCCGAGAUGCUGUUCAAAGGUAAUGCAUGAGAGAAGCCUACACUGACCAAAGUCUUUUUGCAUCAUUCAUCAAGAACGUCAAACUAUAAAGACAACAUGGGAAGCAGAUCAAGAACAGUGUUUACAAACAAUAGAAACGGAUGGAACAGGUUGUCAUGGGUUCCUUCCAGGAUCUGGGAUUUCAGUGCUCGGUAUACCUUGAUGCUGCUUCUGAUUAUGGGUGGUAUGCCACAGCAGCUGUACCUAGGAAGAACCUCUGGACAGGUCCUGGAGAUGAUGGGUGCGGCUGCGGCCAUCACAUGGUCCUGGAAACCUUGGUGUAUCUGGGAAUGCUGCGAUAAACCAUGGAUUAAUGUUAACAAUGUUACAGCAGGCCUUGAUGCUGUUCUCAGUGAAAAUCUUUUUGGACAGCACAUAGUUCAAGAGACCGUUUCAGCUGCUCUCCAGGGUCAUCUAUUAAAUCCCAAUCCUCCUAAACCCUUGGUUCUGUCAUUUCAUGGUCGGACUGGGACCGGUAAAAACUUUGUGAGUCGUAUGAUAGCAGAAAGCAUCUACAAGGAAGGGUUGUCAAGUAAAUAUGUUCAUCUUAAGAUUGCCGAUAGAGAUUUCAGGCAUGCAUCAAAGCUGGAGGAAUAUAAGGAAUCUCUUCACAACGAGGUGUUUUACAGCGCCAAGAAGUGCCCUAGACAACUCUAUAUAUUUGAUGAGGUAGAGAACAUGCCCCCUGGUUUGCUAGACACCAUUCGUCCCUUCUUAGAGUACAGGAGUUACCUAGAAGGUGUUCAGUUUAACAAGGCAAUAUUUAUAUUUCUAAGCAAUACAGCAGCAAGGGAGAUAUCAAAUUAUGCGUUGUCUCAUCUUCAAGCUAGUAAACAGAGAGAAGAAAUUACUUUGCAGAGUCUCGAACCUCUCAUUGAACAAAGCUCGUUUGGUUCAGCAGGAGGUGGAUUUGAGAGUACUCGCUUGAUAGACAAAUACCUCAUCAGCCAUUUCAUCCCUUUCCUACCACUGGAAGCAAGCCACGUCAGGAAAUGUAUCAAAUCAGAGCUUCUUGCCCAUUAUAUCCAUUCUGAUGAUACCGAAGACAUUGUGGAAGAAGUCCUUAGACAACUUCAAUUCUGGCCAAAGGGAUUGGAAAUUUUUGCAACCAAAGGGUGUAAAAGCGUCACAGAGAAACUGAACCUGGCUUUAUUCAAACGACACAGGAAGAGGAAAAUAGCCAAUCAAGAACACUCGGAAAAGGAACUCUGAUGUUGCAAUGUUAUUAUAUUAGAAAAAAACUUCCUUUUUAAUAUCAAUCAUGUUGAAUGAUGAGACACGCUGAAACUACUGCAUUAUGCCCAUCAAGAAUAACAAUAAUAAUUUCCUGGUUGUAGUUCAUGAGGUGACUCCUGGAAGUUUGAACUGAAGGUAAGAAUUCAGUCGUAAACUUCAAGAAGUAUAUUCACAAGUAACAAGUUGACGAUAAUUCCUCCUCGAAAUGUAAGAAGCGCUAGCUACACAACACUACGAGUAGACCGGACGUUGUUGGAUCACACAUCACUGAACAAGAAUUAGACUGUCUAGUUUAGUGUGCAAAGUGAGUGGCAAAUUUACGCUGUGUGCUACAUCCGAGAAUUUCUGGUUAUUGUCGAUUGCGAAUGAUUGACGAAAACCAAAUUCCUGUGAUGUUGACAUUCACUUGUAACAUUAUGCAUGGGCAGACGUGAGUUUACAUACAUUAUAUAGAGACUAUGCCUCCAAAUUUUUUGACUUCCUUUAUGUUGUAUUAAAGGCUUGCUGGAGAAAUGUAAACAUAUUUCUGGCUUGAACCCAGUAGAUGAGAUCACAUAUUCAGAUCCAACAUGGCAGCAUUCAGGGAUCUAAUUAACUGGGUAGAAGCUAAAAAUGUAUAAUCAUUCAUGUUUUUUGAAUGUCACUUGUUACAAUAUUAUUUCAGAAGUAUUUUCCUGCAUAACAUAUGCUGUCGCUCAGGUUUGCCUCAAUAUAUUUCCACGAGAGGUUCGUCGUGAUUAAGGAAUAACCUGAUGAAAAUAAUUUGCUUCAUAAAUUGCACAAGGACAAAAAAAGGGUUCCAACAUGUAUUUCACUUUCUCUUCAUGAAUUAUUUUUUUACGAUUUUUCAUAUAGAGUAUUCAGAAGCAAUUGUUUUCUUCUGGUUCAAAUUUAGAUCAAUAGAAGAUGGAAUAUUACUUUAAUAAGUGGCAGGGAACCAAAUACUCUCUGAUAACCUAGUAAAACAGAGCUUGGCAAUGAUACAUUACUGAAUAUUGAUUGCACACAAGCGUUUGAUGCAGUUCAUCAUCAAUCCUUUAAAAAAAAAGGUUGCCAAGCUACAUGUACAUGUUUUAAGGGUUCAUGUACAAACUACAAAGGGGUAUGUGAAUUUCACUGCAUGCAGUAUUAUUACGUAAAAAUAAAUCACACUUUUCGACAGUAUUAUUUCCCCGGAUGUGCCUUUAGGUGAUAAAGAAAAAGAAUCCAUUCUUGAUAGAUAUGUGUACAGUAUGUUUUCAAAUAAGACCUCCCCCCCAAAAAAAAAUGGUAUAUUCAGGUGAGUACAUCUCUUGAACUGAACAUUGGUACCACCGAUGAAACUCUUUUGUGUUUCACCCUGCUUGUAUGUUUUGUUAAUGGAAUGUGUUUGUACAUAUUGGAAUGUAUAAUUUAUGCAUAGAGAGUAAUCUUUGCUUCAAAUGGUGCUAUAUGAGUUCAUUAAGACGUGAAGGCAUCAUUACAAGUCAUUCCAGGGUCAUCUUCUUUACAUAAAUAAUGUCAAUUUAUAAAAUCAAGCUGAACAAUAGAAUUAAGGUAUAACGGUAAAAAGUGAAGAGUGAUGUCGCAUUUAGAAUGAACUAGGGGGAUUGGUCUUUCAGCAUACAGCAGACAUGAUGAAAACCCAUCACAAAUCUAAUUUGACACAAGGAAGUUCAUUUGGGCGCAAACCUGUGGACACAUGACUACCGACAUUAACACGUAGCCUUAUUGAAAUUUGAAUUUCAAUGUUUGAGACAAGUAUGUAGAAACAUGUUGCAUGACUAUAUUAAUAAUCCCACCGCUGAUUUUUUUCUUUUCUAAGAUGCAGAAAGUGUAUCCAACUCAAUUUAUAGAGCAAGGUGUAUUAAAUGUAUAUAAAUUAUGAGAAUUAUUAUGAUAAAUGAAGAAGUUUGAGCUGUGCUCUGAA